GUUCAUCAGUCUCUACUCAGAGAGAAAACUUUUGACAUUUUCAGAGUUUUGAGGAAGAUUUCUUGAACUAAAAGGAGAUUAGCCUACCGUCAAAAGACGUAAAACUCGCCACAGCAUAAUUUCAGCGUUACUCAUAGAUAUAUAAAGUUUACCGGGUGGGAAGUCAACUGCUGUUUUUGUACCUUACUACUUACUUACUUACCGUAACUGUUUCGAAGAUGACGUUUUGUCCAGAAGUUUGAUAUGUAUCGAGGAGUUUCAACUUCGAAACCAAGUUGGUGUGUGGGUGAAAGAGAUGGUGCGGUCUGGAGCUGAUAGCUGACGUAGCUGAUAGCUGACGUAGCAGAUAGCUGACGUAGUUGAUAGUUGACAGAGCUGAUAGCUGACGUAGCUGAUAGCUGACAGAGCUGAUAGCUGACGUAGCUGAUAGUUGACAUAGCUGACGUAGCUGAUAGCUGACGUAGCAGAUAGCUGACGUAGUUGAUAGUUGACAGAGCUGAUAGCUGACGUAGCUGAUAGCUGACAGAGCUGAUAGCUGACGUAGCUGAUAGUUGACAUAGCUGAUAGCUGACUUAGCUGUAGUAGGAUGAGAUGAGAGAGGAUGGAACACACGGACAGCCCCACCUCCCACAGCAGCGACCCCAACGGGUUCGUCAAUAAAGUCUUCAAUGUGUCUCUGGAUGUGCAGAAUGAGACCGGCACUGUAUCCAUCCAGGAGACUGGGAAGGGAGAGGGACAGGGAGAGAGUCAUGAAGAGGGUCAGGGUCCAGGCCAAGCCCAGGGACAGUGGCAGGGGGAUGGGGAUAGACAGGCAGAGACCCAGGCACCCCCUCAGACCCCUGGGAUGGAUCACCCGGAUGUCAACCGUAGACCAAGAGCUACAGGAGGCAUCUGGAAGAUCUUGACCCGGCGAAAAGCGGCUUCAGAACUGGAUAACAGAAGACCUCACUCCAUGAUCCUCCCUGGAGAGGAGGCCUUUAUCCCUAAACUGUCCUUCGCUGACAAGGUCCGCUCCAUCAAGAAGCUCCGCUCUCCGGGUGUAUUCAAGGGGAGGGUGGGUAAGAUGUCUAGGUCCAGCACUAAGUUCAGAGAUGGAGAGACGGAGGACGACUCGUUCUGCCGGGACUUCCUCCCCUCACCCGCCCUGCAUCCCGGUAGGAGCACACUCCGCCACUACGCCAAGAGGCACUCGUAUGCCGGACAUACCGCCGAGUUCGACUGCUCAUUUGAGGACAUGGAUCUGACAGCUACCCUGGACAGACACCAUCUUCCCUCGCUAGUGGACCCUGCUACCCAGAACGGCUCUAAGCCCACAGAGAGAGUCCCCUACACCAAGAGAUCUCAGGUCCAGGCUCAGGCGCAGGCCAAUCACUCCUCUAACUGUAACACUACCUCAGCAGAAGUGUGUGAGGAGCAGAGUGUGAGGGGCGGCCCCAAGGCCCCGCUGGGUGGGAGGAGGUCUAAGAGAGCUGACGUGUGGAGUUACCUAAGGAAGAUCUCUGUCCUGGGGAAGGGGAACCCGGCUUACUCAGAGAGGAGUUUUGACUCAGAGCUACACACACUGGACAAGACCAUGGACUCUGACUACGGCUCGGUGGACAUUGAGAGCAUCCGGGACUUUCAGCCAGCUGCUACAAAACACUCUGACAGCAAAGGUGGACAUUUUGGGGGUCUGAUUAAGUUCUUCAGCAACGUUGCAGAGACGGCUAGAAAAUGGCGAAUGUCUUCUCACUCCUUCUCUCCUCCAGAGGGGGGGGCGGAGCGGACGCCACUGGACUCCCCCAGAGCAGGGCAGCAUCUGGGGGACUACGUCCACAGUGUGUCCCUGACCCUCCGCAGUGAGGACCAUCCAGAGUGUCCCCCAACACCCGCCUCACCCCUGACCCCUCACCCCCCUCGCUCCCCUACUUGUGACCCUGCCUCACCCACUACUCUGAUAGGCAGACGGUCUCCUCGAGUGGUGCUGAAGGCCUGGAGAGUAUGUCCGGACUCACCAAGCGUUAACGGCCUGGCGUGUGUGAGCUCAUUGGAAACGGCCAGACAGACAGACAAACAGAGAGAGAGCCAGACAGUCAGACAGACAGAGAGACAGACACGGCACACCUCUGUAGCCACAGUAGAGAAUCAUGUGCCACACUCAAGACUGGAGAGAGAGACUCAGAAAGAGACAGUGGGAGACAGAGACCACUUAGAAUGUCUGUCUACAGUGGAAGACAGAGAAAGAGAGGGAAGAGAGCGACACUCCGAAAAUUAUCUGGAUUCCGAGGAUGCUCUACCGGUCUCUGAUCAGACACACCUUCCAAACGGCCAAUCAAAGUUACGGGAAGUUGAGACCGUAGCCACUAGGGAGCCAGCAGGAAACUGCCACCAGGAAGUAUUUAAGGGAGCUCUAUCAGGCAAUGUUUUGAGGAGACCCAGGUCAGUCCAGUCCUAUUCUAGUCCAGUGAAGACCCCUGCCCCUCCCAAGCCCCCCCGCCCUCGCCCCCGUCCCGCCUCAGCACUGGUCGACCUCCGAGUCUGCAGUCCCUUCCCAGAGGGCUGUGCGUUUGCCGUUACUCAGCAGGCCACAGGGGACUCUCUGUGCCGGCACAGACGCAGGCCCGGUCCCAUGAUGCACCUCUUGCCGCCGGGUCGGAGACAGGCGGGCAGUCUGGCCAGACCAUGCUCUGUCAUAGAGCCCUCUGUUACCGUGGAGACAGACCCCGCGCAGAGUCACAGAGCCAUGUCUCGUCCCCCGGGGGCAUCACCUCUAGAGCCCCCCCUCAGAGUGUCUCUUCAGAGGUGUCACUCCCUCCCCCCCAGCAGCCUUACCACUCUGGCCCUGUUUCCGGGACACACAGCAGACUCCCAGUCAUCAUCAAUGUGUCCUGGUGAUAGAAGGACUGGCAGCUGCAGGAGGAGACUGCUCAGAACAGGCUCUGGUCCACUACAAGUUAACAUCUUGAUAAGUGGAGGAUCUAUCGUCAGCGCUGAGGCAGUAUGGGACCAUGUGACCAUGGCCGACCGAGAGUUGGCGUUUAAGGCCGGUGAUGUCAUCAAGGUGCUGGACGCGUCCAAUAAGGACUGGUGGUGGGGUCAGAUCGACGAGGAGGAGGGGUGGUUCCCCGCCAGCUUCGUACGGGUCGAACCCCACCCUCCUCAACCCCAAACAAAACAGCUUUUCUAUAUCAACCCCAUAGCAACUGCUCGGUUCCAAAACACUACGUCUAAGCUGUGGGUGAACCAGGAGGAUGGGGGGGAGGAGCCUGCGGAGGGGACCAGUGAAGUGGCUAACGGUCACCUGGAUCCGACCAAUGACUGCUUGUGCCUGGGCUCGCCACUUCAGAACCGUGACCAGAUGAGAGCCAAUGUCAUUAAUGAGAUCAUGAGCACAGAGAGACACUACAUCAAACACCUCAAGGACAUCUGUGAGGGCUACCUGCGUCAGUGUAGGAAGAGGGUAGACAUGUUUAACGAUGACCAGCUGAGGGUGAUCUUUGGGAACAUCGAGGACAUCUACCGUUUCCAGAUGGGCUUCGUUAGAGACCUGGAGAAACAAUACAAUAACGAAGAACCACACCUGUCUGAGAUAGGACCCUGCUUUCUAGAACAUCAAGAUGGCUUCUGGAUCUACUCUGAGUACUGUAACAACCACCUGGACGCCUGUAUGGAGCUGUCCAAGCUGAUGAGAGACGGGAGGUACCAGCACUUCUUCGAGGCCUGUCGUCUACUGCAGCAGAUGAUCGACAUCGCUAUCGACGGCUUCCUCCUCACACCCGUGCAGAAGAUCUGCAAAUACCCCCUGCAGCUGGCCGAGCUGCUCAAAUACACCCCACAGGAACACAGUGACUAUCGCUACGUGGCAGCGGCGCUGGCGGUGAUGCGUAACGUCACUCAGCAGAUCAACGAGAGGAAGAGGAGGCUGGAGAACAUUGACAAGAUCGCCCAAUGGCAGGCCUCCGUCCUGGACUGGGAGGGUGAUGACAUCCUGGACCGGAGCUCGGAGUUGAUCUAUACAGGAGAAAUGUCUUGGAUCUACCAGCCUUAUGGACGCAGUCAGCAACGGGUCUUCUUCCUCUUUGAUCACCAGCUGGUCCUCUGUAAGAAGGACCUGAUUCGUAGGGACAUCCUUUACUAUAAGGGCCGUAUCGACAUGGACCGCUAUGACGUGCGGGACGCCAUCGAUGGUCGUGACGAAGACUUCAACGUGAGCGUGAAGAACGCAUUCAAAUUGCACAACAAAGACAGCGAGGAGCUCCACAUCUUCCUGUCCAAGAAACUGGAGGAGAAGAUACGAUGGCUCCGGGCUUUCCACGAGGAGAGGAAGAUGGUGCAGGAGGAUGAGAAAAUCGGGUUUGAGAUCUCAGAGUACCAGAAGCGUCAGGCAGCCCUGACUGUGAGGAAGGUAUCUAAACAGAAAGGUGUGAACAGGUGCGUGCCCCCCUCCUACCCGCCUCCCCAGGAAACCCUACCCCUGGGACAGUAUGACCUAGCAAAGGACUUGGCACAUGCAGAGGUUUUUGAAUUGAGUCAAUCCAAACGAGGCCAGGCUCCUUUCUGGCACAACAAUUUUACUAGAUUAACACCUUUUAAGAAAUAGGGAAACAGACUCUUUCCAAGGACCAUCUAUUUUUUUCUGAGAAACACUCAAACUAAAAUAUUUGGAAGAUUACAUCGUUGUCCUGUGAAAAAUAAUUGAAGACAAAAAAAUAACUACUGGAAGAAGGACCAAUGAUGUUUAUUUGUGAGUUUCAUUGUGGAGACUGAGUUUGUGAGUUGUCACCCAGGAGACUGGAGAACUAUGGAUUCUAACUUCUUCACUUCAUUCUAACUGUUCUUGGUUCUGAGUUCCAAUGCUUCUCUCCUUCAGUAGACACUCCUGUUCCAUACUGAACUGUACUGUACAGGAAUCUACUACCACAUCCCUCAACCCCACCAUCGCCAUCUGAAUGUCCUGGAUUCAUGGAGAUCGCUUUUAUUUGGUUCUUUUCAGGCUCUGCCUCUUUUCCAUAUUUGAAGUAAGCAUAUUUAAUGUUUCUUUACCAGAACUAGUGAGUCCACCUACCUACAGUACAGUAUGAUUGUGUAGAUGACAGGCGUUGUGUUGAUGUGUGUGUCUGUGAGGAUUAUGUUGUUGUGAGUGUGCACUGCAACCAUGAGGCUGAAAUGGCAUCCUAUUCCCUAUAUUGUUUGGUAGGUGGGGUGCCACUUUGACUGACAGGAGAGCUGUUGGCCGGUUCUAAUGUUUCUCAGAAGUUCUGUCGUCAGCAUCACUGACGACUGUCCCAUUAAAGACUGGUCAGACCAUAUCUCUCUCUCUCAUUCUCUCUCUCGUCUAUCUAUCUCUCUCUCUCUCCCUCUUCUCUUUACCCUCUGUCUAUCUAUCU